AUGGUGAAAGCAGCUCGAGAAUCGUGAUUGAAAGAAGUCGUCGGCUUGACAUCGACAAUGUAUAGCGUAAACUGAACUUGUUCUGACCGCAAUUUUCCACAAUCAUGAAGCUCAAAGCCAGAACAUCUCUAGCUGUACUCGGACGGAUUGUACACCCAUCGAAGCCAUUUUCCAUCCAUGGAUUCCAUUCUCGACUUUUCACAAUAAACAGUACCUCAAAAUCCUCGAAACUCUCAGCACCUUUGAGAAUUUUGUUUUGUGGUUCUGAUGAGUUUAGUUGUGAGUCUCUUCGGUCAUUGGUGGCAGAGAAGAGGUCAGAUCCAAAAGGAAUUGCUUCUAUCGAUGUUCUCGUUCGACCAGGUAAGAAAACUGGAAGAGGCAUGAAAGAGACCCGUGAAGUACCGUUGAAGAAAUUGGCCCAAGAAUUAAACCUCCGCAUACAUGAGAGAGACACAUUCACCGGAUGGGAUCUACCGAAACCAAAUGGAGAACCAAUCAAUCUUAUCGUAGCGGUUUCAUUUGGCCUCUUCGUCCCACCACGCAUUCUCAACAGUGCUGAAUAUGGCGGAAUUAAUAUUCAUCCUUCACUUCUGCCACAAUAUCGAGGAUCUGCUCCACUCCAUCACACUAUCAUGAACGGAGACACAAUUACUGGUGUCUCACUUCAAACUUUAGAUCCACACAAAUUUGAUCAUGGCGCCAUUCUCUGUCAAGAGGGUUUUCCCAUCCCACAAUCUCAAUCAAUAAGGUAUCAAGGUCUCCUGGAGUUGGUCACACCUAAGGCAGCGAGUUUGCUUGCAAAGGGUAUCAGAGAUCGAGUCUUCAUGGACCCAAAGCCAGACCAAGGACUCAAACUUGCACACAAGAUUAAACCAACUGAUAGAUUCAUUGAUUUCGAGGAGGGAUUGUCUAUCAAUGUUGAGCGAAAGUUCCGAGCACUGGGGCGACUUUGGUGCUAUACUCGUACUUGGUGGUCUGGCAAGAACAAAAAGAGGACAAUAUUUGAAGAUUUUGAGGUUGUACCAAUGCCAAAGCAAUCUGGCGUGAUUCCAGAACAGGUGCUUUUGACAUUGCCAAAGUGGGAGUACUUUUGUACUCGGGUGUAUGAGGAUCCUACUCAUCCAGGAUCUAUUAUCAUUCCUACGGUUGAACCAGGUGUGGGACUUCGAGUUAAACAUAUCCUCGUAGAAGGUCAGGUGGUGGGUUCAGCCAUUGAUGCUAUGCAUAGAGUAUCAGCUUUCACCAAACAUCCAGGGGACGAUAAGGAUUUGUUCAUGGCUGUAGCAUUGACAGAUAUGUCGGAGGAUGGUAAACAAUUGGUUUUGCGCGAUGGCAAAGGCUCUGAGUAUGCAGCGAAGCACCUGGUUAUCCCCAAGGUGCUCAAGAUCAACAGAGCGCGCCACAUUGACCCCUCCCCCAAGAAUCCAAGCCCCCUGGAUUGAGAUAUAAUUAUCUAGAUGUAUAAUAGAAUAAAAAUUCAAGCAAAAAAUCCUGAAAUCCGAUGGUAUGUAGUGUAUCAUCUCCUGCUUCAGGAGUUGGAGGUAAUGAUUUGACCCGCGGAAGAUAGGUGGCAGGGUUGAAAUGCCUUCGAAGCCUUUGGGGGAUGGGGAAAUGUUGAUUUUGUGGCAUUCGAGAAUCUGGAAUCAUCUGGCAAACACCGAAUAGGCACGAGCUCGGGAAGCAUACGAUAUUAGAAAGCAGGGAGGAGAAAGUCCAAAUAAAUGGUGUAGUUCAGAGACAAACCAACACAUUGCCGAGUACGAGAAGAGUGUUGUAGUCCUUGUCUGAUACUCCCUAGAAACAAGACUUCUCGGUAUGUAAGGCUUACGAGGAACAACGAUGGCGCAUCUUCUAUAGUGAGGGGUGAAAGAUCUCCGUUGCUGAAAUCGAGGAAAGUUGCUCGAUCAAUACCUGACAAGCACCAAACAAAUGGAUCUCCAAAUUGCUGGGAUAGGGUGAAGCAAUAGCUAAAGCAUAUGUGUAUUGAGGACGGAGAAAAGUGUAAUAAUCGAUGCCGAGAAUAAUGAUCCAACUUUAGU